AUGAGUAAAGUGACUGAUAAAGUUGGACCGGAAUUGAACAAAAAUGAAGAUUUUUUGAAUGAAUUAAAUGGGUGUGUGUGGAAUAUUGAUCAAGAAGAAAAUGAAUUUGAGGAAAAAUGGGAGGGAAUUAUGACCAAAUACAAUCUUCAAACAGAUAAAUGGUUUACUAGUAUAUUUAGUAUACGAGAUCAAUGGAUACCCGCAUAUUUUAGGGAUAUCCCAUUGGGGGGGAUUUUGAGAACUAUAUCCCGAUCGAAAAGUGUUAAUAGUUUCUUCAACCAUUUUUCAAACCCUCACAUGACACUUGUUGAAUUUUAUAUGAGUUAUGAAAGUGCAAUGGAUGCACAGAGGUACAAACAAGAUAAGCUCAAUGCUGAAUCACUUCACACAAACCCACAAUAUAAAACAGCAUUGCCGAUUGAAAAACAUGCCGGUGAAGUCUAUACUAGAAGAUUUUUUUUUCUUUUUCAAAAUGAAGUUUAUAAGUCUUGUUUCAAAACUUAUAUUCAAAAUAUUGAAAAGAUUGAAAGUGUGGAAAGUAUAACUGUUUUGGACUCAACGGUAAGUAAGAUGUACAAGGUGAAAUUUAUACUGGGAAGUUCGAUUGACGAGUUGAAGGUAGAUUGUGAUUGCAAGUUAUUUAAACGGAUAGGAAUAUUAUGUUCCCAUGCGAUUUGUGUUAUGAGUGCAAGACAAAUAACACAAAUACCAAAGCAAUAUGUUUUAGAUCGUUGGACGAAGCUAGCAUUAAAAAAGCCUAUUUUUGAUUUGCAUGGGAAUUUGAUUGAAGAGAGCAAAAAGUGUAACAACGUGGGGAAGUUGUUGGGGGAAGUUUGGUGUGAAAUAUUCAAUUGUGUAGGUUUAGCUCAACGGAGUGAGAGUGAUUUACAAUCACUUUUACAAAACCUAAAAGAUAUUAGUAGAAAAUUGGAGGAAAGUGAUGAUGUGAGGGUGGACAUUACUAAAGAGCAACAAAUCGAAUUUUUAGUAGGCACAAGUUCAUCUUCGACAAUGGAAAUACAAAACCCAAUCCAAUCAAAGAACAAAGGAAAAAGGAAAAAGACAAAGAAUAAUUGGGGAAAAGGAACAAACUAUUGA